AUGGCUUUGGUUUCCUAUGGGAGUUCGGGGGAGGAAUCUAAUGAUGAUGAAGAGGAUUUAGUUGUCAGCAAUGAGAGUACUACAACAGCUAACAGCAUAUUGAAAGAUCGAGUUGAACCUGAGUUUAAAAUGAGAGUCCCUAAAAGUGCUAAGCUACCUAACCUUGUCCCAAACAUUCCUAUUGUCAAAACAAAAGACGGUAAGGUUUUGCUUUCCGUCCCCGAUUUGGAAGCGUUGGAUUCGUCAGAUGACAGUGACGAUGAAAGCAGUCGUUCAGCUAAGAAUAACAAGUCCUAUCGAAAUUCUAAACCUGGAACAGAUAAAGUUAGCCUUCUUUCUGUCCUUCCACCAACACGUGCACUUAUUGUCCGAGAAGGGAACAGACCAAUGAUACCACAUCAACUAAUAUCUAAAAAGAAUACAAGUCAUACUGUUAAAGAGACAUUGACUAUGAAAACCAAACCUGAAAAUGUUGGACAGAAACCAGGCUUUCAGAAUAACAACGAUGACGAUGACGUUUGGGAUGCUGACAUAACCAGCAAACAAGAUUCUGAUAAAGACACUUUAGAGAUAGCUGAUGAAGAUGCUGAAGAAGUUAGUUUCUUUUCAUUUUACAAACCUACACCUAAUAAUCAUGAAGCUGUCGCUUCAGAAAGAGCAGCCGCACUAUCGGCACUACAAGCAACUCGAAAAAAAGCUGAGUUGUCUAGCAAACCAUUAACUGUAAACAAUGAUGAUAGUAAUUCAUUCAUAACAGUUAAGUUGUCACAUGAUGAAAACUCAACUACUAGUCGACUCACUGCAAAAUCAUGGGAAGAGUGUUUACCAAGGGUUACUAUAAGUGAUCCGGAAAUUCUACGUCAAAUGUCUUCUGUUAAAAAAGAAAUCGCUGAACAAGAAGAAGAUGACAAAGAGGAUGUUGAAGAAAAGGUCUUUUGGACAGAAGAGAAUUUCGUUCCAGGUCCAGAGGUAUUUUAAAUUCUUUUUAAAUGGUCUUAUAAUCUUCCAGCUAAUAAUAAUCAUAUUAACUUUCCGAAUUCGCUGAUAUUAACCAUUAUUGGCAUUGUUUCUAAUUUUGGAACAAUUAUCGUAGUCUACAGGUCAUUAUGAAGAUAAAUGUUUCAUUUGGAUAACUUAAUUAAGACACAAGUUUAGUAUAAAGGUGCAAUCAACGAAUUUAUUCAAGGUGAUAAUUUGAUCUAAUUCGAUCUUCGAAACCAGCCGUCUUUUUGUAAAUAUGUCUGUUUUACGAUUAAGCGAAUAAGAUUACCCUAGAGUCAAGGGUUCAAUCCGUUUUGAAAAUUCCAAACCUUAUAAUUUACACAAAAUCAUUGCUUACACUUUGACACUACUUAUAAACGAUGUGCGUUACUAGAACUUCUAUCCCGUAUAUCUGUUUUAUUUUGUUAAACUUGUGUUCAUACAUUCCCAAUAGGAUAUUGCUGACUUGGAAUACGCGGAUAACAUAGUCCUGUUUGGUGAAGACGCUGAUAAAGUACAGUCUUCUGGUAGCACUGAGCAACAAUACCACAAUGUUUGGGAUGCGUUUCGCCCCUUCUAAAUGUAAAUUGUUGCUACACGAUUGGCCUGCGUCAACACCUGAACUAAGGAUAGGGAGUGAAGUAGUCGAACAUGUCGACAACUUCACCGUUUAUUCGAAAUCCAUAUAGAACAUAAACAGUGGGCGGCUCUCUAAUUGUGAUCAAGGUCACUGAUGGCUGUGAGCAUCUAAAUUCAUCCAAUCUGUGGGUAGCAGUAAAACGAGGAUAAUAGGUGUUAGUUAAGUGUGGUAGUCAAUUAGUUGAUGACUAAAUAAAUCACUUAGUAUAUAGAUUGAUAAAUCAGUGCAUUAUUUAAUCGAUUGAUCAGUAGAAAUUUGCUGUCAACGAUUCGGUUAUCUUGUGUAACAUAUUACCCAAUUCGCCACUAUCUAAUUAAAAAUGAUUUUUCUACAUGGUUCUUACAAAUCAUUAGUUCUCCAAAGAAAAUUUUAGUGUAUUUCUACUACCACGCAGUUUGCAUCCAUGAUUAACAUGUUAUGGUCAUUUAAGCACUAAUAAGGUGACUUGUGAAUAUCAAUCAGUUUCACUUGUAUUUGAAAGUAUAUGCUUGUUGGAGUUGCUAUAUCCCCAAAAUACAAAGUACGAGAGAGAAAUUGAGUCUUACAAUUUGUAUAUCGGCUUGAGGUGAUUUUUAUUAUGACUUAUAUCCGCCCACUAAGUUUAUGUUCUUAGGAUGAACAAUAAUACGCCAGAUAGCACCAGUAGCCUUGACCCUUUGUUAAGUCUUUAUUGGUCCUCGAUUCGGUAGCUUUUCUCCCUCUCAUAGCUGUUGAACCCAGAACACAGUAAUUAACCUGCACCAUACAAAUAUUGUAUUUUAAACAUACGUCGUUUAUAUACGGAUUUAUCCAACCACAUAAUACCAUAAAAUAAAAAUUACGAACUAUAUAUGAUCAACCCAAAGCGUGGUUGUGGGUAGGGAAGACUGCAAAUAACAAGCUGGCAACAGAUUAAGGAUAGUAAAUCAUAUAAUGGUAGUUAAUGGGUCGAACGGAAACUCAUGAUAAAAUGAAUUGAUACAUAUGUGUAUAUAUAAUCUAGCUACUUAGUAGUUAUCCAGUAAUAGUCCAUAAAUUGAUCCUGGCAGUUGCCAUUCCUUUAGUUUUUUUUCAGAUACAAGAAUUUUCGUCCAAUCAGCUUCAACAUAUUGUUGUGAAUUCCAUUCAUCAAUUAUCAGUUGUAAUUAGUUAUUUGAUUCUCAAUGCAUUUUCCUUGUUAUUUCACUAUGAUUUUUUGUCCAGUAAAAAUUAAUCGAGUAAAGGGACUAUGUAACCGAGUUGAUAUGUAGUUGAAUUGACUUGCAGACUCAAUUCUCGACGUUCUCAUCCAGGAAGUCUUCUUAAGUAAAUCGGUCGUUUAGAGUAGUUGGAGUGGUAGGCUCAAAGCAAAUAGAGCUGUUGUAUACGGUAUUGUAGUUUUCGUUAGAGUUUUCUCCCCACAUUCUGCAUCUGUAACUGUGUUUAGAAGAGUUUUAAGUAAAAAAGAAAAGGGUAUUUGGUAAUAUUGUGGCUAAUAUUAACUGGAAUAGGAUUACUUGUUCAUUAGGCGUAUGAAAAAGCUGUAAGCCUUUUGGCUAUAGGUCAAUAAAUGACGUUUCGAGAUUUUCAGGGAUUCCAUUUUGAAUGAAUUUUAGUAGCUGGAGUACAUCAACUCGUCGUACUCUAAGCAUUUGCGAUUGAUUUUACGUUUUCACUUGUUUUCUUUCACAUUUUGCAAACUUUUUGAAAAUGCUAUUAGUCUUGUGAUUUCCACUUUGCUCAACUUCCCUUCUGUUACUGCAUUCUCAUUUCACUAAUAUGAAUUGUGUGACAACUUUGAUACAGGGCUCUCAUCGUCUGUUAUAUCGGGUAAAUAUUUAUGCUUGUUUAUACACUACUAUGUAUUUUAUAAGUAGUUUCCGUUCACUGUUUUGGUUACUUUGAAUCCUGAAAUGAUCUAUUGCAUUUGUCCUCCAAACGUCGAAAGGUGAAAUAUAAAGUUACUUUACGCGUAAGAAGUAGUGGUUAAAUUAUUCUUUCAACCAAUAAGUCACGUGUUCAAAACCUACUCCAACUUUGGAUUUGCACAGUCUAGUGGUGUCGUUAGCUCUUACAAAAUCAGUAACUCAAAUCCUAGUAUAAAACGUGUAAUUGGUAAAAAAACAUUCAUUUGACGGAUUAGAUGGAAUAAAUAGGCUCCCGAACUGGAUUUCCAAAUAACAGACCCAUAGUAAACGAAUUAGUGUCUAAAAAACUAGAGAUUCAUAUCAACAUUUAGGACUGUUACUUUGUGUCUCAAAAUUUAAGGCAGGUAUUCAUGUGUAUAUACUUUUAGAGAUAGUGUUCUUACACAGUUCAGAACUUAAUAAUAAUAUACUUGUAAAAAAUAGUCAUAUUUCAGUACAACAGUGUCGUACUUCCGGAGACCCGUUGAAACGCAUCUUAACAAUUAUUCAAUAAUUAAGAGGUAUUGGAAGCCAGAACUAGUUGUUUUAAUUUGUGAUUGUUUGGAUUGUCCCAUUGUUGAUAUUUUGACUGAAGUUUAAUCAGUCUUAGCUAAGAUAUAUGUAUAUGUGCGGAUUGCUUCUAUAUAGCUACUACGACACUAGUUUAUAUAGAUUAGAUGGAAUGCGGUUAAGAAUUAAAUCCAGGAGCGCGUUAACGUUUGAAGCGAAAGGUACUUAGUUCGAGUCUCGGAACGAACAUCAACUUUGGGAUGCAAGUAUAUCGGGCUGAUGAGUCUAUACAGGAACUAGUUAUUUCCACACACUUUCAUUAUUAUGUAACAUACAUAAACAUAUCAGACAAAGUUACUGAGUAAAAACAGGCAUAUCAUAUUCAUUUUCGAUUUCUAUGUGAAAUAUAUAGAUCUGAAUGUUAUUCAAUUCUAACUGAUAAUUGGGAUUAUUUACAUUACGUCUUAAUUACUAUUAGGUUAUUGUAAUAAAUUUUCUACUUUGAUUUUAGCGUAAACGUGCACGUCUUGUUAUGCCUGGUACAAAAUCUAACAAUAUUGCUGUAAAUGAAUUAUUACAAUCAACAAAUACAGAAGUGAUAUCAAUUAAUCAAUCUGAUUUAACAGCUGGUGCUCAAUUAGAACUGAUUAAAUCUGUUACAAGUGAUGAUUCACAGUAUAGACCAAAGUCUACAGAUGAUGAUCCUGGCAAAUUAGCACAUAGAAAGCAUCAAAUCACUUGGCUAGCUCAUCAAGCUCAAGAAAAUGAAAUGGAAUUAGAAAAACGUUGGGCGGAAGCAAGACGUAAUAAGGCUUCAAAUCGAGCUAAAUAUGGAUUUUGAUUUCUUAUUAGUCAACUAUAGAAUUGUUUUUCAUCCCGCUGCCCAACUACCAACAUUUUAUGUGAAUAUGUAAAUAGUACUUGUAAUACGUCUUUUUUUUUGUAUAGAGCUUAUUCUAAGUUCCUUCAGUAAGUUUUAUUUAUUUCCACUGUCCUAAUGCAAAAUGUAGUAUUUCAUUGUAAAUAUAAUUUGGUCGUUUAUUG